GCCUGGCCCCACACUGCACGGAAGUCUGCAGGUGGGUCGCCGAGUGGCAGGGUGGAAAAGAGCGUUUCUCGAGGGCGCUGACUGGCCUGGCCACUUCCCGUCCCCGCCUCAGUGCCACAGCAAGGGCGGCUCCGGCCAGCACGAGGCAGAGCCCGAGUCACGUGGCGGGCCGCUGGGAGAUGGCCUGUGGAGGAGAGGGCAGGUCCCCCACAGCCCAGGAAGCCUCCCAGCCUGGCCGGCACCUGCUGCCGCGGAGCUCACGGGCAUGCGCAGUGAAGGGGACCCCCGUGGGCAGCGGUGCUACAAACGGGCAAAGGAAAUGCAGGAGGCUCUGUCGGUGGUGAGCGACGACCAGUCCCUCUUCGACUCAGCCUACGGAGCGGCUAGGAAUGGAUCAGCCAGCCAGUGAGGGUCAACGUCAAGCGGGAGUAUGACCACAUGAACGGGUCCAGGGAGUCCCCGGUGGACUGCAGCAUUGGCAAGUGCAGCAAGCUGGUGGCUGGAGGUGAGCCCAACCCCGUGAACUACAACAGCUACAUGGACGAGAAGAACGGCCCCCCGCCCCCCAACAUGACCACCAACGAGAGGAGAGUCAUCGUCCCCGCAGACCCCACGCUGUGGACGCAGGAGCACGUGCGGCAGUGGCUGGAGUGGGCCAUAAAGGAGUACGGCUUGAUGGAGAUCGACACGUCCUUCUUCCAGAGCAUGGACGGCAAGGAGCUGUGCAAGAUGAGCAAGGAGGACUUCCUGCGGGCCACCUCCCUCUACAACACCGAAGUGCUGCUGUCACACCUCAGCUACCUCAGGGAGAGUUCUCUGCUGGCCUAUAACACGACCUCCCACCCAGACCAGUCCUCACGGCUGAGUGUCAAGGAAGACCCGUCUUACGACUCAGUCAGGAGAGGAGCCUGGGGCAACAGCAUGAACUCCGGCCUCAACAAAAGUCCCCCACUCGGAGGAGCUCAGACGAUGAACAAGAACACCGAGCAGCGGCCCCAGCCAGAUCCAUAUCAAAUCCUGGGUCCAACCAGCAGUCGCCUAGCCAACCCUGGAAGCGGGCAGAUCCAGCUGUGGCAGUUCCUGCUGGAGCUCCUGUCCGACAGCGCCAACGCCAGCUGCAUCACCUGGGAGGGCACCAACGGGGAGUUCAAGAUGACGGACCCCGACGAGGUGGCCCGGCGCUGGGGCGAGCGGAAAAGCAAGCCCAACAUGAACUACGACAAGCUGAGCCGGGCCCUGCGCUACUACUACGACAAGAACAUCAUGACCAAGGUGCACGGCAAGAGGUACGCCUACAAGUUCGACUUCCACGGCAUCGCGCAGGCCCUGCAGCCGCACCCCACCGAGCCCGCCAUGUACAAGUACCCCUCGGAGAUCUCCUACAUGCCCUCCUACCACGCCCACCAGCAGAAGGUGGGCUUCGUCCCUCCCCACCCGUCCUCCAUGCCCGUCACCUCCUCCAGCUUCUUCGGAGCGGCGUCCCAGUACUGGACCUCGCCCCCUGGUGGGGUCUACGCCAACCCCAGCGUCCCCCGCCACCCCAACACCCACGUGCCUUCACACUUAGGCAGCUACUACUAGCUCAGUCACGGGGCGCCCAGCCAGAGCCCACCCCUCGCCUUCCUGGACUCCUUGGGCUCUGAAGGGCGCGCAGCCUCGAAGAGAACAAAACUGGAUGUUCGUUCGAGUUGGACAGAACCUUUGUAUUGUUCUUUAAAGACUGUUGUUUGUUUUCUGUGGGUCACUUUGGCUUCCACUGCCUGACCCAGAGACAGAUCAUCCGUGGGCCAGUUUGCAGUCUCCGCCUCCUCUCGUUUCACGAGUGGGAUGUUCAGAUUACGGGAAAGGGUAUGUCAUGGUUCUGAAAAAGAAGCGGUAAAUGCUCCUUGUGUUUCUGUGACCAAAUCAGUUUCUUAUCAACACAGGGGUCUCACCAUUGUAGGGCCCGGACAUCAGAGGCACAGGCUUGGCCGGUCACGUCCUGGUUUCAGACUUAGGGGAAAAAGAGGCAAGAAGCUGGGGACCCUAUUUUAGAAGGACCUAACUCUGUGGCUGGCAACUGGAACACUGGUUGAAAGGCCAGUGACGUUUUCACCCAACUGGAAUUCGAGUGAAAGAGCACGUGUGUUUAAGGAGCAGAGGGCAUCGCAGGCCCCUCGGCGGGCAGCAUGCACUCUGCUGGCAGUGCUCUAGAAAUAGUCCAGAUGUGAGCUAUGAGAUCUUAGAGCCAAUACAGACAUUCCUGCGAGAGAAAUACAUAACUCAUUUGUGUCGUUGUUGUUGUUGUUGUUGUUGUUUAAAAUGAUGACAGUGGAUCCCAAAACUUUGAAAAGUUGGAGGGAUUUCUAAACUCAGAUUCGCAAGCGCUGUGCGUUUGUCAGACCGUCAGACCAAGGUCAACCAAUCAGAAGGCAACUUACUGUAUAAAUUAUGCAGAGUUAUUUUCCUAUAUCUCACAGUAUUAAAAAUAAAUAAUUAAAAAAUUAAAAGUAAAUAAACGAGUUGACCUCGGUCACAAAUGCAAUUUUACUAUCAAAUCAGUUGUUGUUAUUUUUUUAAAUGUAAUUUGUACAUCUUUUGACAAUCUGUACAUGUGGGCUAUUUGUACGUUUUUAUAGCUUUUUUUUAAAAAGCAUAAUGUGACUUGCUGAAAAGAAAACAGGGCAUUUAAGUUACUGGAAGGUAAGGCACUGGUACAGUUAUUUAACAGGGAUAAGCAAGCAGAGAGUCAAUCCAUGUCCAUCCUGAAUGCGUUGAAGGUGUUUGUAAAUAACAGAACUGCAACUUUCACAAGAACGAUCGAAUCUUCCCUUGCGGAGUGAGGGAUCUUCCUGCUUUAUAUAUGCAACCUAUUUUCUAGACAUUAAAAUAUAUAUAAUUUUGCAAGUAAUCGUUGACUUUUUUGAAGUAUAUUAAGUGUUAAGCUGACAACUGUCAAUGAAGACUAUGUUGUACAAUAACUUGACUAAAUAAAUUGUGCCUUUUUCCCUCCAAA